ACUUUUAUACCAGUUUCUCUGACAAGUAAAAUAUUUCUGUUAUUGCGAAUUAAGAUAUUUUCACUCUCUUACUACUAAAUUGCCACACGUAUGUACUAUUUAACUAAAUCUCGAAUAGUGAUAUGAUAUUUUCUAUAUGAUAUUUAUGAAUAAUAUCUUUUGUCGCUAGAAGUGAACGAGUAUGACUACAGCGGCGAGACCAACAUUUGAGCCUGCUCGAGGUGGAACUGGAAAGGGCGAAAAUGAUCUCAGUUCAUUAUCCAAACAAUAUUCGAGCAGAGAUUUACCGUCUCACACUAAAUUAAAAUACAGACAAAGUGGACAAAGCUCCCAAAAUGACCUCCGUGAACGUGAAUUUAGAAGAGAAUUGGAAGAAAAAGAAAGAAAAGAAAGAGAAAAAAAAGAAAAGGAGCGAGGCCCAAGAGAAGCGAAAAGAGCUAGAUUAAAUGAGCUACCUGUUAAUUUGGAUGCUGAUGAACCGCAGGAAAAUAGUGAUGAAGAUAGCGAUGAAGAAGAUGAUGAUGAUGAUGAUACUGCUGCUCUCCUAGCCGAACUUCAAAAAAUUAAAAAAGAAAGAGCCACUGAAGCACUUAAAAAAGAAGAGGAAAAAAAAGCCGAAGAAGAACGUAUAAGAACCGAUAACAUCAUUAAAGGAAAUCCCUUGCUUAACACAAAUAUUGACUACAAGGUUAAAAGAAGAUGGGAUGACGAUGUUGUUUUCAAAAAUUGCGCUAAAGGAUCAGAAAAGGAAGAGAGAGGAUUUAUAAACGACACUUUAAGAUCAGAAUUUCACAAAAAAUUUAUGGACAAAUACGUUAAAUAG